GGGAAGAUAUCCCUCACGACCAGCACAUGCAAGGCAUCGGAUAAUUGAAUCAGAAAUGGCUCUGACCUGUCCAACAGAGGUUCAGCAGGCCAGAACCCGGCGAAGGUCGAGGUUUGGCUGCCGGAAUUGCAAGCUUCGAAAACUCAAGUGCGACGAAAGCAAGCCAAAUUGCAGGAGAUGUAGUUCGUUCGGGGUAUUAUGCAACUUCACGUCUAAUAUACCGGACCUCCAGCCCGUCGCCGCGAAUGCAGGACGGCCAUUGGUGACUCGAGGAAAAGCAAAGCUUCAGCCUUCUCUCACAAAUGCUGUCUGGACAGCUGAUGCAUCAACAACCUAUCAAUUGAACGCAAAAUGUCAGGAUUUUAUCACACGGUAUCUUGGACGAAGUCUGGUUACUCCGGAUGACCCUAAUAUGAUACAAGUUAAUCGCAAGCUUCUGGAACUAGCCUUCCACUACCCAUUCUUAAUGCACGCCUCUCUAGCCGUCGCACUCACAUAUGAUCGCCAUCUAAACGGCUCCAUAGACAGCCAUCGCACUCUAGAAGAAUGCUACCACUGGUCCCAAAGCACAUCCCUCCUAAAUAAACGACUGCGAGAACCAAUUGAAACCAGCGACAAAGAUCCAAUAUGGGGUACCGCAGCAGCACUGGUUAUCUUAACCUUUUCAUCCCCAGACGCAGAUACACCAGAACAAUCCUGGCCUCUUAGGGCCACCGGCUCCUCAGACUUGGACUGGAUACGCAUGGGCAAGGGCAAAAUGUCACUAUGGGACAUGGUCAACCCGCUACGAUCGGAUAGCCUUUUCAGCGUCAUGGCUGCGGCUUUUGCUCAUAUGAAUUCCCCUUUACCAGAAGGAGGUAUAGAUGGAAUACCAACGGCCUUGGCGGCUGUGUGUAACCUCCACGACUCAUCUACGGCGGAAACGAAUGCUUAUUUCCAUGCUGCACACACGGUAUCACAAAUCAUGGAGCUCCCGGAUAGCGAUGUCGCAACGGGCCACGUUCAACUGUUUAUGAGGAGUAUCGAGGGCCCUUUUGAGGACUUGCUUCGGGGAAGGGAUCCUGUCGCGCUAUUGUUGCUUUAUCUAUGGUAUCGCAAAGUAAGUCGCUGUAUUUGGUGGAUUGAACUUCGGGCGAGAGUGGAGUGUCCUUCGAUUUUCUUGUAUUUGCGACUGUAUCAUAAGGAGAAUGGUGAUAUACUGGCGUUUCUUCCGGGUGGGACUCGGGCGGACAGGUGGAAUUAGGCAGGUUUUCGAAGCGAUUCGAACCACGCCUAGAAGGAUUGACACGAAGCACUGCAACAGUGGUCCCUCCAAUUUGCAUUACCAAAUACACUCAAUCAUAGGGGUUCUUUUCUGUUAUAU